AUGCUUGAGUGGUGUCGAUUGCUGAUUGGAGCUGACCGGUUGGCUCGGCAUGGUGCUGGGGGUCAGGAUGAGAGGAAUUUACAACGGCCUAACUCUCUCAUCGUCCAUCAGCUGCGUCAAAUAAUGCUUUGCUUACCCUUCACAGCCAAUCUCAUUUCACAACUCAAGGAGUGCGGCUCCUCGGAUCCAGAGACAGAAGCUUUACAUUUGUUGACCACGUGGAAACCUAAUAAUUUAUCAGAUGCUGAGGUCCUUGAUGGAAAAAAUCAGCUUGGCUCUACGAUAACUGAGGAGUCUUCUGAUACUGGUGGACCGUUCUCUAAGGUUGACAAAGUAAGAUAUAUUUUCUCGAUUUUUAGACUUAGCUAA